GGUCAUACUGCGUCUCAUCCGGCAAAGUUUUUGAGCAAGUUAAAGUAAGGUGAAAACUGAAUAAAAAUAAUCAAGGACUGCAUAACAACGACUUGAAUCUUAGCCCUAAAAUGGAGGAGCUGUGCAACAAUUCCGGACAUUCGGCUACUUCUAGUAGCGGAAGUAACUCGUCAAUAUCCGCAAAAACCGCAUUGAGUGAAUGCUCAGCCGCAUGGAUAAAUUACUUAAGCGCUUUGAACAAUUUGUGUACCGCCGGCUCGAAAUUGGCGCACUCUAUAGCUGUUUUGGAACAAUGGUCUCUGAGCGAAAAACCGCUGUUCAACAAUUAUACAACAACUUAUUUAACAAAUUCAUGGAACGACCUGGCAAGAGCAACAUCAGUGGCCACCGGGACAGUCAAGACCCACAUGUUGGCCUUACUUCAGGACUUCGUUAGCAUAUCAUCCAUGGAUCAGUCCUCCAAUACCGAGUUGGAUCAAAAAAGAUUCAGAGAACACAACGAACUAAUAGUGUUAGAGAAUGCGCAGGCUGUAAUAAAUAUUCAGCACCAGUUCUGCGCAGCCAGCUACGAUGCAUUUUCAUCUUUGACUUGUUGCUUUGUUUGCCAAUCUCCUGUGGGGUUCCCACAUGAACAAGACUGCAGUGUUAUAAAACAACGCAAUCAAUACGACCAACGAUCUCAAACUCCAUCGCCCAAUUUCUGUGGGCCAAGUACAAAAAUGGAUUCAUCCAGAGGAAACUCACUCACCGACCAACGCCCAAUGGCCAGUGGAAUUGCAGAAUCAUCUGAUCAACCACGAGGUCCCUCGCCCCAAAUGAAUAUUUGCGAUGCCAAUCCAAUGCAAGCUAUUUUCGAGCACACACGCGGUCCCUUGCCAAACCCCGGACAGCUGCUGUCUAUGAAAAUUCCAUUUCACCGAAACGUUAAAUCGUCCUUAAGUUUCCCACUAUUUCCGCUGAACGGUCAGCGUCGUUGGUCAGAAGCGGCGGCGGGGGAAGUAAUUGAUGGGAUCUCUACGGAUCCCGAAAGCCAGAUGAGGAGGUGGUCAAUGCCAUGGGAAGCAUCGAAGACCGACAAGAACACUGUUACUUGGAACCAAACCAGGAUAAUGCCAAUGAGUGCAUUAAAGACCUCUUCCUAUAAAAUGUCUAGUUCAGAACGAUAUACUUCGCAUAACUCAGAUGGUAAUUGGCCCUUAGCUUCAACCAGUCAAGAUGGUCUCUUAGAAGCUAUUCAAUUGCUGUCCAUCAGACCGACAACCGUCGCACAAAUAAGUCCCCAGCCCUCGAUUCUAUCAACAUCCCCAGAUGGAACACAUCUUGACUAAAUGAAAAAUAAUAAUAAGUAAAUUAUACAUUACAAUAAUCCCUAUUAGACGAAAAUAUACGGAUAUCUAAUAACUUGUUAAGUCUCAUUACCAUCUGGUUGGUCAUUACGAUGGGGUAAUCGAAACAUAUCUUUAAAGGUGCAUGUAAACCGUAUUAAAAACUAUGUUCGUCUACUAGUAAAAUGAUUUAUUCGUGCUUUGUAAGUUUGUUAUGUAUAAUGCCAUUCAUUAGUAGGUAGAUCUUACACGUUUAAGGUAAAGUAAAUCUUUUUUGAAAUUAUAAGACUAUUGAGAUAUUUUCUAUUUCUUAAGUCUAAAACACUUAUAUUUAAAAUAAAAGAUACACUAUUUUAUGUCCAUAAUACGAUCCAAAAUUACGGAUAUUGCGCACAUAAUUGUACAUACACAAAUAUGCACGGUUGCUGCGUACAUACGUACUUACAAAGGAAUUAGAUGUAUUAUUUCUACUUUAAGUUUAUGCCGGUUUAAAAGAUUAAUUUGUAUCAUACAGUUUUUGUUUAAUUUUUGUUUUUAAAUCUAUUAAUAUGUUAUUGUUUGAUUAUGUGUCUAAAGAUAUUUAUAUUAAUAACAUGGAGUGUUAGUGAUUUGUAAGAUACCUUGAUCGAUUCCAUAAAACAAUAAUAACUAAAUAUAUUAAAACUUGUGAAAGUAAGCUAUAAAUUAAACGUUUGUAAAAACUAAA